AAAAUAUUGAACGUAUACAUUAAAUAAUCAUGUGAUAUUUUCGUAGUUCUAAAAAUUAUAUACUCUCAUACUUAAAUUGAUAACACAACUAGAUGCACAGUUUGAAAUUCAAAAAUGGACAGCAAAUCUUUAUGGUGGUGUAUACUUAUUGUCAUUCUUGUAUUUACAAGUUUUGGAAUUGGCUGGUCAGUUACACUAUUCAUAACAUUUAGUACAUUCCUUAUUGGCCUAUUAUCAUUGUUAUAUAUACAAAAGGGCAAUGUAGAUUCAUAUUACAGAAACUACUCUGGAAAUCCAUUAUCAGAGAGUAAUGUUUCAGAUGGAGGUCUUCAGCAGGUUGUGCAGAAGUCUCUCACGCCAAAUAAACUCCAUAAUUCUGAUCACAGAGUUACUGGUAGCGAAUUAAUAGAUACCUCAUUGCAAGAGAUUUUGGGAUAUGUGAUCAGGGAUUAUGUUUCGCCCUGGUACAAUUUGAUAUCUACUAAUGAAGACCUUCCUCAGAAAUCAGUCAGGAAGAGUGCACAAAAGUUAGCUAUAAAUAUAUCAAAUCGGGUAAAGGAAGUCGAUUGGAUACCCUAUUUGACAACGAGACUGGUUGACGAUGCAGCGUCGCAUUUAAAAUUAUUCAAACAGGCGCGUGCCAAAAUGAAACAGGAAGAACGACCGAAAUCGCCAAGGAAUUCUCCGCGCAGAGAGACUAGGAUCUCUCCGAAACGUACACACAAAAGGAACAAGAGCGAGACUGAUAUUGCUUGGUACUUUGGUUCUAGAAACAGUGAUAAAAAAGAUGUAGAGUAUACUGUAGGUCAUACUUCAAAGUUUUACGUUAACGAUUCCGGUAAACAAUCUUCUUUAGAAGAUUACUUCUUUGAUUUGGAAUGUACAAUGGAAAACAAUGCUGUUUGCAGAGAUUUAAUAUGCACAGAUGAUGAGAAGGAAAAAGAAUUUUUAUCUGAACUAGUUGAAUUGCUACUGUAUAUUCUCUUACCUGACAAGGACUUUCAAUGCAAACCAUUGAGAUUCAUUUUACGAGAAUUGUUUUCAAAUUGUGUUAUUCUACCACUAUUCUCAAUGCUUUCGGAUCCUGAUUAUAUUAAUCAAGCAAUUUUAUGGCUGUGUUUAAGGGAAGUAUCUUUGCCAAGUGAAAUAUUUUUAUCAACACUACGUACUACCAACAACUGUGAUGAAUUGAAGUACACGAAACAAUUAGUAUCAAGUGAAAUACAAUUACUGAGGUCGAGAGAUUCUGGAGGCGAUAGCGAUCUGUCCAUUAAACAACAACUAAGUAGUUUGUUUUAUGUGAUUAAAAUUAUUGAUAACAGACUGUCCAAAAUCGAUAACAAUGAGAAUCUAAUUAGUUACAGUGACUAUUAUGAUUUUAAUCCGUUGGAAAACGAUGCCAAGUCUAUAGAUCUGCCAUUAGAUUUUAUAUUAAAAAAUAAUGUAGCUUUAUCGUACUUCAUAGAUUAUACUUCUAGUCUAUCAAAGCAAGAUUAUUUAUUUUUUUAUUUAAAUAUUGAAGGAUGGAAGGUGUCUGUUGAACAGCAGCUUUCAGAUAUACAGAUUAAUAAAAUGAAGGGAUUAAACGAAAAUUCUAAUAGCGUUUAUGAAAAUAUUCGUUCUACCGCUAUGAAUAUUUAUGAACAAUAUUUGGGAGAUAAAGACGAACAUAAAGUUGAUAUUAGCGCAACAUUGAUCCACAAGUUGUUUUUUAGAAUUAGAAACUUGACUGAAGCACCAUCCGAACUUUGGUUUGAUGAUGUCCAGAAAGCUAUUUAUGAGAAAAUGAAGGUAUGCGAUGAAUUUUUACCGCAAUUUAAGAAAAGUAAAUCGUAUAUUAAGUUAUUAGAAGAAUUAGAUUUAUUGCAGCAAACGAUUGUCGAUGAAGACACAAUUAGUUUAAGUAGCUUAGAUAACUUAGAAGUAGCUGCCUUAGAAGAGCCUAAAAGUACAAACAACGGAAAUUUACACCAGAAACAAAAUUAUUUGACUGUGGAAGGCCUGGAAAAAAGUAGCAGCAAGCACGUGCGUUCUCUUAGCGAUGUAACAUGUUUCAUGGCUAAACCUGAAUUGCACAUAUCUGAUUCAAAUUUAAAUGGCAUUGAAAAGAUUGAUCCAAUUGAUCCAAGCACGACAGAAAAAUUAUUGAAAACCGGAGAUUUUGCACUUUGCGUUAAAAUAAUUGAAACAGGAAUUGUCUGCGAAAAAGGAAAAACAUUUGGUAUUUACGCAACGCACGUUAGUCGACAAUAUGAUACUGGUUUUCUUGAGGAAUGGCAUAUUUAUAGACGUUAUAGCGAUUUCCAUGACCUGCAUACUAAAAUUAAAGAAAGAUAUCCGGAUCUUUCGAAAAUUGCAUUUCCUGGAAAGAAAACAUUCCAUAACAUGGAUAGAGCAGUGCUGGAGAGAAGAAUGAAAAUGUUAGGACUUUACAUGCAGGAGCUCACUCAAUCUCAUAUAGUGCACACGCAUCAUGGUCUUCGUGAUCUUUUAAUGACUUUCCUCGAGCAAGGAGACUACGAUCGAGUUACUUCUGGUGGUCCAAUUUCUCAUACGAUUGAUACAAUAGUUAAUCCAAUUAAAACCGGCAUGAAAACCAUUAAAAACAUGCCAGAACAAUUAAUACAUACAGUCGAUGAAGUUGUUGAGAAAGUAUUUCAUCAAAAAACUCCCCAAAAGCAACAACAACCCGCCAGCAAGGUUGGAGCAGCACUAGAUAUUGAAAGUGAUGACAACAUUCCAUUGCGCAUUAUGUUAUUAUUGGUUGACGAGGUAUUUGACUUGAAAUCUAGAAAUCAAUGGCUUAGGAGACGUAUUGUAACAAUUCUGAGGCAAAUAGUCAGAACAAUGUUUGGGGAUAUUGUAAAUAGACGAAUUUUGGAUUAUGUCUCAUUCAUUACAAGUCCCAAAAAUGUUGCACAUUAUUUACACGUAUUUAAACAAUCUUUCUGGCCUAAUGGAGUGAAAGCUGAAAGAAAGCCAGACCGCGACGAGGGAUCAAAGUAUCGAACCAGAGUGGCCGCAAAAAUAGCAUUACUGUCUUGCUUAACAGAUGAGUUAAAACACAUAAUUGGAUCAGAAACGACGCGCAAAGGCCUACUGUCUAUAUUUGAAUUAUUCCAAAGACCAAUUUUGAACCGUAGGUUGAUUUAUGUACUUCUCGAGGGAAUAUUGAGUAACUUGUUUCCCGAAAAAAAUAUAACAGAAAUUUUCCACAAGCUCCACUCGAAAUCGAGGCGACAUCAAGAAAAACAGAAAGAGUUGGUUUUGAAAAUUAGGUGAUAACUUAAUUAAUAAUCUCAUUUAAAAAUAAAAUCUACUAUAUUUACUGGUGGUAAUUUAUUAAA